ACAAAAUAUAUAGACGGGGGAACACCAAAUCUCCAUCGUCUUUUCGACCAAAACCCCUACGUCAUUCUCUCUAAAUCUCUUCCAAUUCUCGCCGCACCAAUCCAUAGAUUCACCUCCAAGCCGUACCGUUUUGAUCCGGGGACUCGUCGAUCUGUAAUUUACAAAUAAUUCGAUUUAUUCUAAUCAAAUUGCGUGUUCGGCAAUCCGAUUCGAUUCAAUUUUCAGUUUAUCGAUCGGAUUCGGUUCUUAUCGAACCGAGAACGCGGCAGUAAUCAAGGGACAGGAAUGGAAGCAUCGGUGAACGAUUCUACAAGCGCCUGAAAAAGAAAAUGCCAGGUCUAGCGCACAGGAAUGACCAAUUUAGUAAUGGUUCAACGGCGUCGUACUCGGCCAGCGUGUUUUGGUCCAGACAUGGCGACGAUGUUAGCUACAACCAACUCCAGAAGUUCUGGAGUGAGUUGUCGUUGCAAGCUCGGCAGGAACUUCUGAGGAUUGACAAGCAAACCCUUUUUGAGCAAGCUCGUAAAAAUAUGUACUGCUCUCGAUGCAAUGGGUUAUUGCUUGAAGGUUUUUUGCAGAUUGUCAUGUAUGGAAAGUCUUUGCAGCAGGAGGGAGCGGGUGGGCACCUUCUCUGCAACAGACAGGGGGCCUCAAAAACCCAAAACAAUGGUGGAUCAAGUAUCACUCAGGGUUGCCAAGAUGAAAUGCAGGAUCCAUCUGUCCAUCCUUGGGGAGGUCUAACCACAACACGUGACGGGUCACUGACACUUUUGGAUUGCUAUCUAUAUGCCAAGUCUCUCAAGGGACUUCAAAAUGUCUUUGAUAGUGCACGUGUUAGGGAACGGGAACGCGAAUUGCUUUAUCCUGAUGCUUGUGGUGGGAGUGGUCGGGGUUGGAUAAGUCAAGGAAUUACGAGUUAUGGCAGAGGACAUGGAAUUAGGGAAACAUGUGCACUGCACACUGCCAGGCUUUCUUGCGACACUUUGCUGGAUUUCUGGUCAGCUCUUGGAGAUGAAACCCGACAGUCUCUUCUAAGGAUGAAGGAAGAGGAUUUUAUUGAGAGGCUUAUGUACAGAUUCGACAGCAAGAGAUUUUGCAGAGAUUGCAGAAGGAAUGUCAUUCGCGAGUUCAAGGAGCUAAAGGAGCUGAAGCGCUUGCGGAGAGAACCCCGCUGCACUAGUUGGUUUUGUGUUGCAGAUACGGCCUUUCAAUGCGAGGUAUCAGAUGACACAAUUCAAGCUGAUUGGCGCCAAAAUUUCUCAGACACUGUGGGAACAUUCCAUCACUUUGAGUGGGCGGUUGGAACAGGAGAAGGGAAAUCUGAUAUUCUGGAAUUUGAAAAUGUUGGAAUGGACGGAAGCAUCCAAGUCAGUGGCCUAGAUCUUGGCGGUUUAAAUUCAUGCUUUAUCAAUCUGAAAGCUUGGAAGUUAGAUGGUCGCUGCACUGAGCUUUCCGUAAAAGCUCAUGCAUUAAAGGGUCAUCAAUGUGUGCAUUGCAGGCUUGUUGUUGGGGAUGGUUUUGUGACAAUCACAAGAGGGGAGAGUAUCAGAAGGUUUUUUGAGCAUGCUGAAGAGGCUGAGGAAGAAGAGGAUGAUGAUUCCAUGGACAAGGAUGGAAACGAGCUGGAUGGAGAAUGCUCCCGUCCCCAAAAACAUGCGAAGAGUCCUGAGCUUGCCCGAGAGUUUCUUCUAGAUGCUGCAACUGUUAUUUUUAAGGAACAGGUUGAAAAGGCUUUCAGAGAAGGAACAGCACGCCAAAAUGCGCACAGCAUCUUUGUCUGCCUUGCACUGAAACUGCUGGAAGAACGUGUUCAUGUUGCAUGCAAAGAAAUUAUCACAUUAGAAAAGCAGAUGAAACUUCUUGAAGAAGAAGAAAAGGAAAAACGUGAAGAAGAAGCACGCAAAGAGAGGAGAAGAACGAAAGAAAGAGAGAAAAAGCUCCGACGAAAGGAAAGGUUAAAAGAGAAAGAAAAGGAUAAGGAACAAAAAUGCUCCGAGUCAAAUCAAACUAUUUUUCAUCCUGAUGUCUCAAAGGAAGAAUCAUCACAUGAGGAUCCAAACAAUCCCCUCAGCUGCCGGGAUUCAGUUAGUGAAGGUGAUACCAUUCUAUCUAGACCUGGAUCUCCUGAUAUUCAAGAAGAUUUUUCAAAUGGGUAUGGUAGUUCGAGAAUGCAAGACCACUCCUACGAUAGUCCUGAUGGGAGUCCUGAUAGGGAACUUAUCUAUGAAAAAGAUUGGAAUGGUUCUUUUACAGUUGAGCAAUUGAAUUUUUCUCGUCGGAGACCAAAAUUUCAGAAAGAAGUUCCACUGGAUCCAUCUUUGAAGUGGUCUGACAGACGCCGAUAUGUAGCUGCAGAAUGUAGGCCUAUGGUUAAUAGAUCUGAGCCAAGAUAUUAUGGUGAUAACAUUGAGACUCCUUCCAGGGGCAUCAAUGGAUCCAAUAGGCAGUUGAGGAUGAAUGUUCCAAAGUCAAAUGGUCGACAUUGUGGCCCUAAGUUUAAUGAUAAGGUUUCAAGUAACAGAUUGAGUGAUAGAUAUGACCUCCAUUCUUGCAGCUGUAACCAGAACAAUGAUUAUAGAGCAAGGGUUGAUACACACAUUUCUACAAUCAGAAUAAGUCGAGAGACCAAAGCUGCAAGUAAGUUAGAACCUGCAUUGGAUAUGUCCAAGCAAUUUUAUCGUGGUAACAAGUAUAAUCAAAUAGAAUACUUGCGUGAUGGUUGUGGAAGACCCAAAAACAAGAUCAUCUCAGGGAACAAUCCUCCUGGAAAAGAGGUACUUCAUCCCAAGAAAGUAUGGGAGCCCCUGGAAUCACAGAAAAAGUAUCCACGAAGUAACUCAGACUCUGAAAUCACCUUGAGGUCCACCACUCUCAAGGUUGAAGGUGCUAAACCUGAUAAUAACCUUGCCAAGUCAUCUGGUGACAUGUGUUGUCGUGAACACAGUGAAGAUUCAGCUGAUAUUGAUCAGGAGGACAGUAAUUCGAAGGAAUCAGGACACUCUAGCAUAGAAACCGACGGGUCCCGUGAGAAUGGAUUUAGUGUGGGAGCAAAGGGCCAAUGCAACUUAAUCGAAGCGGCUUCUGAGGAAAUUGGAUUAUGUCCUCUCAGUUCUGUAGGGAGUUCUGAUAAAACUGCAUCUAAUAGAAUCUUGGAUCCGAUUGUGAGUACCGUGUUGAGUUCUGAUAACUUCUCAGCAUGCUUGAGUGAGGGUGACAGCAAUACAGCCUCUUCAAACCAUGGAAAUCUGGAAUCCUCUUCCACAUCUGAUUCAGAAGAUGCCAGCCAGCAAUCAGAAGGAAGAGAAGCAUGCAUCCAAAAUGGCAUGUCAGAGUGUCACAUAGUUACGAUGGUGAAAAACCAGAAUUCAGAUGGCGGGAAGGUUAUGGGAAGCUGCACAUCAGUUGGUCUUUCAUCGGAUGGAGCAGCAAGUGUUACUCUGGGGAAACCAACAACAAGAAUUUCACAAAAUUUCGAUAGUGGGUUGUCUGCUGUUAGCAUUGGUUCUCAACAUCAAGGCAUGCUUCCUCCAAUGCAUAACCAAAACAUACACUUUCCAGUGUUUCAAGCUUCUUCAACAAUGGGUUUUUACCAUCAAAACCCAGUUUCAUGGCCUGCAGCUCAUGCUAAUGGAUUAAUGCCCUUACCCCAUACCAACCCCUAUUUGUAUGCUGGCCCUCACGGGUACGGUAUAAAUGGAAACUCACGCUUCUGCAUGCAGUAUGGUCCUCUGCAACAUGUAGGUGCCCCUGUAUUUAAGCCCAGCACAGUCCCAAUUUAUCAACCAGUUGCCAAAGCUAGUGGCAGAACUGCUGAUGAGCGAACUCAGAUCUCUAAGUCAGGUGCAGGACAAGAAGCUUGUAGUAAAGCUAGUACAGAGAAGGUGGUUCCCACCGGACCACAUCCAAAAGAAGCACCGGGGAUUGAAGGUGGGCAAAAUGAUAAUUCUGCCAAAUUGCAUUUGGAUAACUCUGGGUUUUCCUUAUUCCAUUUUGAUGGCCCUUUUGCUCUUUCAACUGGAUGUAAAUCCCAUCUCAUGCCUCCGAAAGAAGGAAUUACUGGGGAUUUUUCUCAAGAAUGUCCAACAGACCAUGUUGAGAGUGAUCAUUCUUCAAAUAAGAAAGAGAAUACAAUGGAAGAAUACAACUUGUUUGCAGCGAGCAAUGGUACAAGGUUUUCAUUCUUCCAGUAUAGUAAUGAGAAAGUGUAAGGUAGCUGUUGGGUAUUUUAGUCCCCAUCUUCUAAUUUGGCAAUGGAGGUUUGAGUACUUUGUAAUUCUGUUCACAAUAAUCUUCAGAAAUGGUUUGAUUGUUAUGCCAUUUCUCUCAUUGUUUUCCUAAUAGAGAGAGAAAGAGAGAAAAAAAAAAAAGGAAAAAGGAUUUCAAGAGUGCAUAAUGUUUGAAGAGUUUUUCUGUAUGAGGUCAGUUUUUAUUUUUUAUUUUCAUAAAUGAAGCAUCCGUUGGCAUUAAAUUA